AUGGGUUUCGACGAGAAAGAGAUCAGUUGUCUGUUUAUAUUUAUCGCCAAAUUAUUGUCGGAUAAGAGGAAUACUGUUGGCAUCAAAAAGUCACUCUUAGAUGAGAUAAUCGAAAAACUUUUUACAUCCGAAGACCGGAAAUGCAGUGAAGAGAGAGAACACGUCUUAUUAGAGUUAUUGCAGUCAAAAGUGGGCCACACUUUGGAUGAGUUAGAGAUCUUACGAAUGGCACAAAACGUCAAUUUUUUCAGAAUUUGUGAUUACAUUUACGUUAAGAACAGAAAUUGGGGACAAAUUAUGUGCACAUAUUUGAAAGACAAUCAAAGAAAGAGCCAUGUCUUCGAUUACAUGAACCAAAUCGUGAUGUCGUGUAAUGUUUCGGACAAAGAGAAGAGAGAUUUCAUGGAAACUAUUUAUUCUAAUGUCGAAAGUCUUGUGGAAAUUGAUUUCCAAAAAACGGCAAAAUUUCUAUUGGAUUACUUAGAAGAAGACAAAUUCGAGAGAAUAAUCGAUUCUCUCGAAGCAAAACCCAAAGUAUUAUAUAAACUAUUGUCCGGAAUAUUACUGAAAGAAUCGAAGAAAAGUCACAAAAGAGAUCCGUCGACAGGAAAAUCGAAGAAAAGUCACAAAAGAGAUCCGUCGACAGGAAGUAUUGAUUUGGAGUCACUAUCUGUUAGAGAGCAGAGAAAACAGUUGAUUAUAACGGAUCCCAAACUUCAAGAAAGACUCAUUGAAUUGAUGUGUGAUUUUGAACCCAAUUCCGUACAAAAGACGCUCCAAAUUCUGGAGGACUAUCGGCCGGAGAUUAUAUUAGUUAUGACCAGAAAGUGUGAGAUAAAGGACGGGACGGCAUAUCUGCUCGAAAAGACCUCCAAAUUUGAUGAGGCCUUCGCUCUAUUGCACACAGAUUUGCAGCAAAAGAUAAUUGAUUUUAAGGCUUCAGAAGUGGACCAAUUCGUGGAUCAAAUUGUCAUUAAAAUAACAGAUCUCAUAGACCUGUGCGGUCGCUGUACCACCAAAAUGACUGAGAGCUCGCAGAUGCAGCACACAGUGGAUCUCUGGAUCUCUUUACUCGAAUCCAUGCAAACAAUCAAUAAAUUGGUUAAGAAGUCAUCACAAGAUAUAUAUUCAAACAAAUUGAAUGAAUUAACGAAUCGAUUCCUCAUUGGUUUGAACGGAACGCAGAACACGACAGCAGUUAUGCAGAGGUUUAUGACCAGAGAGUCAUCCGACGGAACGGCAGACCUUUUAUAUGGCGCUAAAGAUCUGGUCUUUAAAGUGAAGGACAACUAUAUCUAUGAGGAAACACUUCUGCAGACGACCAACAAUUUACUGUUAACUGAAUUACACCAACAUUUAGCACACCUUCAAAGGCUCGCCACUAAAGCCAACGCCAAUCGCGGCCUCAAGACGUGCGCCGUUUGUGGUAAACAUCUACAACACUCGGACAAUGUCGUGCUAUUCAGUUGUAAGCAUUCAUUCCAUGAGCGGUGUGUGACCACAGAUGACGGACCCGUUUGUCACAUAUGCGACAAUCACGACAAGCCUUCUGCCAAUCGUGUGUCGAGCGCACAGAAUAUCUGUUCCAAUGAAACCAAUUCUAAUCAUAAGUUAAGAAAUGCACUCAAUCUAAGCGAAAGUCAAAUAAAUGCUUUACAAUACCUCAAGAAUGGACAGCGAAUCGACUCCAGAAUCAUGAGUGGUCGUCGGUGUGAUGUGCGGUGUGUGGACACCGAUCACACGAUUGUCAUUGAGUUCAAGUACAACCAAUUGGACACCAAUUCUCAGCGAUUCUUUCACUUCCAAAGAGACAAAUCCGAGACUUUGAGACAAACUUUCCAAAGAAUUGCACUCAAUAUCCAUAAGUUGUCCGCAAAGAAGUCAAAGACCAAUAAAAGCAAAACCAAUUGUCAAACAGAUGUCAACGCAUUAGAUAUACAGCUCUUUAUGGACGGAUGCGCUCUUUCUCAAGACUCAGCCAAUUGUGAUGUUUGGAAAUCAGGCCAAACUUUUAGAGUGGGAGACAAUGACUACGAGGUGUACGUAAACGCACCGACAGUUAAGUCCCUAAAACUUCCCAAAGUAAUCAUGUCUUCGUUCACAAUAUAUCCUAAAAUUUCUCUCGAGUUUUGUUCGCAAAAUGAUUGCAAAUUUUAUUGGUUCCGGGAAUCGAUAGCAAAGACAAAUGAUUCCAACAGUUCUACGAUCGCUGCCAAUGAGCAGACAAUAGUUGAUCCCAAAAGUGAUUGGCUUUUAGUGAGCGAAGGAUUCUAUUACAAGACUAGUAGUGAAGACAUCGGCGCUAAAGUCAAAGUGGUUUGUCAUCCGAUGGGUGGCAGAGAGUGUGAAGCGAUCGGUGAGAAUGUGAUUGAAGCCAAUCCAGGGUUGUGUCCAUUCGAGGAAAGGCUUGUUUUCUGCACUGAACCCACAAAUUGUGGCUCUUUUCGAGUGAUUUCCUAUAAUAUAUUGGCUGACGUUUACGCCGAUCAGGACUACACCCGAACAGUACUGUUCCCCUACUGUCCCGCCUAUGCGCUGGACCUAAACUACAGGAAACAGUUAUUGACUAAAGAGAUCGUCGGCUAUAACGCAGACAUCUGUUGCUUCCAAGAAGUGGAUCGACAUGUGUUUGACUCCGAUCUCAAACCUAUGAUGUGUUUCGUAAACCAAACGAACGCUAAACCCAAAUAUGAGUCGUUUUUUAGCGAAAAGGGAAACACCGGCGAAGGUUUGGCCGCUUUUGUCAAUUCAUCAAAGUUUGAGAUAUUGAGCGCCAAAACGGUCUGUUUGUCCGAAGAACUCAAAACUAAUCCCAUUUUCGCUCAUUUAUUAACUGAAAUCAGCGCCAAUGAGAAACUGUUGGACCGAUUAAUGGCCAGAUAUUCCGUCAUUCAAUGCAUUCUUCUUAAGUCUGUAGAAGAUAGCAAUCGGGCCAUCAUUUUAGGCAAUACUCACCUCUACUUCCAUCCCGACGCCGACCACAUCCGACUCAUUCAGUCUUUUAUUUAUAUCAAAUAUAUCGAGAAUGAGAUGAAAGUGUUGUCAAAAAAGAGACCAGAGUUGACUGUUUCGCCGAUCCUUUGCGGCGAUUAUAACAGUUGUCCGGAAUUCGGUGUUUUCCAACUCUUCACCACUGGAUUCGUUCCCAAAGACAUUGAGGAUUUCAAAAGCAAUUCAGACGAGACAAUCCAUGGCAUUGAUAUGAGUCACGGCUUAAGUCUGGACAGCGCUUGUGGUCAACCCGUGUACACCAAUUACACGCCAUUCUUCAGCGGUUGUCUCGACUAUAUAUUCUUCGAUACCAACCAUUUGGAGGUCUCUGAAGUGAUUCCAUUCCCCAGUCAUGAACAGGUGGUCCAGAAUACAGGUCUUCCGAGUAUUGUCUUCCCUUCAGACCAUUUAGCACUCGUAUCAGUGCUUAAGUGGAAAACCUCUUAACACAUGGAGUUUAUAGCAGUUAUGAACACAUUUAACAC